CUAGAGGAUCCACUUGCAAUCCCCGUGCACCCCACUAUCGAAGCUAGUUUCUGUGUGACUCAUACUGAAUCUCUCUUGGCCGCAGUAUUACUGUUUGACUCGUCCUCUCAGCUUAGAGAAUCAUCUCUACCCAGGACAUCUUCAAGUGAGCUACGAGCUAUACUUACUUCUUUGUCGCUCUCUACCAUGCCUUCCUAUCCGCCUAACGCAAACAACUCGUCGACUACCACAGUCUCAUCUACCCAGACCCUUGUAUCCACGAAGAACUAUGCCGCUGCAUUCGCACAUCUCCAGUCUAAAUACGGGUUUGGCGGGACCGCGCCCUGCCCUAACCCUCAGCCUACCACUCAGGAAGGCAGCAAAAAGGCGGCAUUGAGCAAGCAGGACAAAGCCCUUGCUGACUUGGCGGGAAAGUAUGGAGAAGGUGGCGGUGGAGGUCAAUUGCAGCAGAAGCAAUCAUGGUUGUGAUUUUACAGCGGGCGUUUGCAGAAUGUGAGGUCCAGGUUAGAGGAGAGAACGUCGGUGAUCGGAACUGAAAGAAAUUAUGGUUGGUUUAUAAUAAACUGUGUGUACUUGUAUUCUCUGUCCUUGAAUAUUUAAAUGUGC